AUGAUGAGCCACAGACGUGGAGGCCACGCCGCACUCGUGUCUCUUCUCCUUCCGCUAACUUCACACCGCUUCUGCGUUUCCCCUUCUCACGUUCUCUCGAUUGCGUCCUGUGCUUUCCCUUGCACCCACUCCUGUUGUGUGCAGCAGGGCGUGCACCCUUCCCACCUGCCUGCCUGCCUGCCUGCCUGCCGGCGCCCACGUGCGUGCUUCGUCUCUGCAUUGUGUAGGGCACAUGAGCAUGCAGUGAUGUUCAGCUACAACAACAUCAUAGAGAAGGGGGAGCCCCUCAACAAGGAGAUCAUCGACCAUGUAUUGGACCAUGUGACCGAGUUCCCGACGCCCACGAUGGUGUCCGUAGGCGACGGUAAGGCCGACUGCAUAGUGCUCGAGAACUUUUUGACGCACGAGGAGUGCGACCAACUCGUCGCGGCCUGCGAGAAGGUGGGCUACACUUUCUGGCUCCAGAAGAACCACCACGACGCCGACGGAGAAGCUACGUGCGACAGCGGCUCUAAAGCGGUGCGCGUCGUGGACACCAUCGAGGCGAACUUUCCGCACCUCUCGGCGAAGCUGUACGAGCGCAUUGCCCGUGUCGUCUCUCUCAAGCCGAAGUGUUUUUCAGAAGAUAUGCCGAACGCCGAAGAGCUCUUUGAGCGUGAGCUCGCCGGCACGUGGGUGCCCCACGCCCUCUCCGAAAAUCUUCUCUUCGGCCGCUACCACCCUGGUGGCCACUUUAUGCCCCACGUGGACGGUGCCACCAUUUUGGACCUCAAUACCCGCUCCUUCUACACGCUGCUCAUCUACCUCAAUGACUGCUUGCAUGGCGGAGAGACCUUUAUCUUUGCGGGUGAGCAGUGCAACGUCAUGUACCUGGACGAGAAGGAGAACCAGUACCGCGGCAACGCGACGCAACGGGUGGGAGCCGUGUACCCCAAGAAGGGCUCAGCCGCAUUUUUCUACUACAACCUGCUACACGAAGGGGCGCCGGUGCUGGAAGGGCACAAGUACAUCUGUCGCGCAGACCUGCUCUACCACCGUACGCCCACCAUUUUCACUUCGGAGGCAGAUGAGAAGGCGUUCAAGGCGUACCAGGAGGCGCGCCUGGCCGAAAGCCACGGAGAUGCGGAGCGGGCGUGUCAGCUCUUCCAGCGCGUUCGCAAGCUCUCCAAGGGCGUCGCAUCCAUCUUCCAGAUCGAGUAA